GUAUACAGGUAAACAAGGAAAUUGUAAAAUUAUUUCCACAAAUCGCUCUGCCAGUAAUACGUUUGAUAUGAAAGGCAAAAUGCCAUUGCUGUAUGCAGUGGUAGCACGAGGUACUACAGUUCUUGCGAAGUAUGCUAGUUGUGCUGGAAACUUCUCAGAAGUUACAGAACAGAUUCUGGCAAAAAUUGGUCCAGAUAAUACAAAGUUAACUUACUCCCAUGGAAGUUACUUGUUCCAUUACAUUUGUGAAGACAAUAUCAUCUACUUGUGUAUAACUGAUGAUGAGUUUGAAAGAUCAAGAGCCUUUUUAUUUCUCAAUGAAAUUAAGAGAAGGUUUCAUUCCCAGUAUGGUGUUAGGGCACAGACUGCUUUACCCUUUGCCAUGAACAGUGAAUUUUCUCGAGUCAUAGCAUCACAGAUGAGAUACUUCACGGAAGAGAAACCUGACCAGCUGAGCAAGGUUGAGGACCAGGUUGAUGAAUUAAAAGGAAUCAUGGUAAAGAAUAUUGAUCAAAUAGCAGACCGAGGCGAGAGAUUAGAGCUUUUAGUGGACAAAACAGAUGAACUGCAAUCAAAUGCUGUUUCUUUCAAGAAGACAAGUCGUAGUCUUGCCAGGUCUCUGUGGUGGAAAAACAUCAAACUAACUGUGAUAAUAGUUGUAGUGUUAAUAGUGAUCAUCUACUUCAUUGUGUCAGCAGCUUGUGGGGGACUCAACUGGCCUAGCUGCACCUGAUGGUCUUGGAUAAUGAAUUGGGAUCCUGGCUUCCGAACUACCAUCAUCUGGUCUCUUUACUAAACAGGGUUGCAUAGUGUUGGACAACAUUCAGCAAAAUACUGAACACCAAAGACAUGUAAAAGAAAUCCACGUUUUGUGUUGUGAACUAACAUUGUUCAUUAUUGCAGUGGAUUCACAAGUUUUCUUCAUCUACAACUUUGUUAAACCAGUUGUGUACAUAGAAAUAUUGCAGAAGCCAGCAUUUGUUAAGAGAACGUUAUUGCAGGUGGGGUUGGAUCAAAAUAAGUCAAGAACAGUCGUUCAGAUUACACAGAGGUUACCAGAUGUCAUGAAAGUUGAGAAUGUUACUUCGUUCUUCACAAAACAAAUUUGAAUUAAAAUACAACCAAAAUUUUUAUCAGAUGUGUGCUGUUUAAAUGUAAAUGACAUACACGAGUAUCUGUAUUAUGAGAACAGUGAUAUGAAUGAAUAAAAGUAUAUGUGUGUUUUUGCAGGAAUGAUAAUGGAAAUUGGAAAUUGCAUAAAUGUGUUGUAAUGUCAUUGUGUAGGUUACCAGGCCUGUAAUGUAUAGUAACUUGUACAUUGGUUACCAGGCAGUAGGCUUAUUUGGAUGCCUGUUAGCUGUGGUUGGAAUUUACUUCUUAUUUUUAAGCUGAUAUGAUGUAUUAUCAUCAUCCAUCAACAACAUGGAACAUAAUAAACGUGUCAGUUUUCGAUGACUAUCAUGGAACUUGUUACUAUCUUGGAUAUGUGCAGAAUAAUGUUAAGUAGAUUAUUAUUAUUAUAGCAUUAAGUAGAUUAUUAUAGUGUCAAAUUGCAGCCAGCACCAUGCAGAAUGACAUUAGCAGUUGAAGUGUUAAGUAGUUUAUCAUAGCAUCAAACUGCAGCUGGCACCAAUAUCAAGAAUGCAUCAUUUCAAGCACAAUAAACACAAAUCAUAGCAUCACUUAGUCUUCCAGUUACAUGUAGGUCAGGUCCUGGUCAGUUUAGAACAAUGAGAUAAGAGUUCAAAAUAAACCAACAAAAAAAGCAGUUAAAGUGACAAACCCUAGUUUCUAAAAAUGCACGUUCAUCUGAGAAGUAAUGGUUAUUGAAAAAAACUAUUAUUUUUAGACACUAUUUCCCUGUUUAAACAUCACAGAUUUUAGCUUCUAUCUGAAAUAAUCUUUUUCAAAUGUAUUAUGCAGGUUUGUAGAUUAACUAAACUCUGUGUCCAUUUUCACGGGUUGAAACGAGGUCUGCUCCUUUAAUAUUAAAUUAAACUAUACAAGUUUUAAAACAUUUGAAAGCCUCAUAAAUGGUAAUAUUUAUGUUUUGUGGAAUGACAAACUUCAAAACUACUUUGCAAUAUAACAUAAAAGCAAUACAUGGGAAAAUUGCUUCGAGAAAUGUCACAGAUAUUGGUGGGUUUGUGAAAUAAGAAUUAAUUUAUUUUAAUAUAAUUAUAUGAUAUAUAGUGAGGAGAAAAAAGAGGAUCUUAUAUGAUAGUGUUUUCCAUCCUGUAUGGUAACUCCACUCCACAUUUCUGUCACACACAUGCACAUUGUAAUAACAAUGUAAUUUACAAUCGAAGAAACAAAAUGGCAAAAUGUUUAUAACAUUUCAAUAUUUAUUGUGUAUUAUUAUUUCAUUAAAAUUAUGUUUCAAGAAAGUAAACUCUCACACUUUUGACAAAAUCCAUUUAUAGUUUUUAGCAGACAUUUCUUAAUUACUGUUUGUUAUUUGUUUUCAUAUCUCAUUAUGUGUGUAUGUUGGGGGAGGGGCAUUUACAGGAUUAAUCCCGCAGUGGAUGCAUUGUACAUAGUUACAUGAGAUAUGGGUCAAAUAGUCACAUUGUGUCAUUAAACUUUGAAAAAACUAAA